AUGGGACCUUCUGAGAUAAGAAACGGCCCUCUAGCACAUCAGGAUAUGGUAAUUUCUGUAUUUGUGCUGGCGCAUGUUAGUCAACCCAUAUGGCUCAGACGAAUAGCAGAAACUACUGAGCAGCUCGCCAAACCGAACACAAAGAAACGGGACUCUGAUCAAAGAUUCGUGGCCGUGUCUACUGACAAGAAGUUCGCGGGAGUGAUCCGUGAGGAGCAUUUGCCGGGGUGGCGGCAAGAAUCAACAUUUGAGUCACAGGUCAUAUGA